UAAGCCGCUUGGAUAAAAAGAAAAAAAAAAAAAAAGCCAACAGCUGAGGCAUUGUAUUACACGCCAGGAACCUGACUAUCCUUAAAUAGGGCAAGGGCGAAACAAAGUAACCCAACUGGUCACGGUCUUUAGCUCUCUCAAAUAUGACGCAAAAAUUAAUAAAACCGAUAUUUUGUUUGACACUAGAAAUAUUUUCCUCAAGUUACGCAAGAAGACGCAGCGUGGAAGUCGGACUGUAACUAGACUGCAUGGAUUUAUUUGACCACACAAUGUUGACUGUUCUACUUGCCAUCCUGAUGUACCCUUUAAAUCAUGGAGCAACUAAAUACCAUCGCUUGCGGCUGUUGACUGGAGCAUACUGGUCGUAAUGCCGCACUAUUGGACGGCACCUAACAGGUGUUACUUGGACAAUUUUUUAUAUCAAAGGCGAAUAUGAGCUGACAUCAUAUAUUCUGGGACAACCAACACGUUAUAGCUGCUACAACUCCUUAUUUAUGACGUUUCAUCAACAUUUGUAUAAUGUAAGAAAUAAGGUUGUGGGCUAAAUUUUAGCUCGUUUGAACGGGGAAAUACCUGGGAUUUGUCCAUAAUGCACUCAGAGAUCAGUCGCUAGAGAUAUGAAAUUACACUGAAGUGGCCUUACAGUCAAAUGUUAUUUUGCCUCUUAGGGAGAUCACUGAGAAACCUGUUGAUCUGACCUUGCUUUGUUGACAGAAGGGCAUAACCUUUUUAGGAGCCCUUCACACCGGACGCGUUCUUGUGCUGAAAAAAGCUACACGCAGCACAACGAAUAUACCAGAACGCGGGUGUCAUGAGACGUGUUUUGAAAAGUUGACGUUUUUUUUUAUUAUUAUUUUACAUGAAAUGGUGCCCUAAAAAAAAAGUGGCGCUCCUGUAGGCUACGAGACGCUGAAAAAACAGCAAGACGAGCGCAACGAUCAGACGUCCGUCUAUAGCGCACAUGAGGAAAAAAUAAACCGUGGAAAAAAAUCGCGGACGGACUCAGAAAUGCCUUCAGUGUGAACGGCCCCUUAUUGUCGACACGUAAAAUAAUUUCAUAUAGCGGUGUGACAGCGGAUCCAUUUUCUCUCAUCAUGAAUCCUACUGUUUCAAUUGAAUCUUGAUGGGUGUUGCUGCUGAAAGUCCAAAGAACCUCAACGAUGGGAUGUGUACACAGUGUAAAACCGAAGCCAAGUUUUCAUGAGAACAUCACAGUCCUCGAACUGCACGCCUCAGUUGAUCCCAGCCCUACUGUCAUCGAUGAGUCAUCCAAUGUGGUUCUGCGAUACCGCACACCUUACUUUAAAGCAUCAGCUCAAGUGCAAGUGCCACCCAUAGUUUGUAAAGAGAUCUGGACAGUUGGCUGGAUCCAGGCUUGCAAUCAAAUGGAUUUCUUCAAUAUAUAUGGAAAUGAAGGAGUAUCCAGCUGGGAGCUUCCAGAGCUAAAAUGUGGGCACAUCCAGGCCAUUAGUGAUUCUGAUGGUGUUAAUUAUCCCUGGUAUGGUUGUACCACUGAGAUGUACACAGUUGUGGGUCCUACUAAGAAGAGCACCAAACUGAGUGUCAGCAUGAAUGACAACUUCUGCCCAAGUGUGACCUGGAGUGUCCCUGUGGGCACCACAAGCAGUCCUCCUCUCCUGAGCUCCAUCCAAAGGGACCAACGCUUCACCACCUGGCUGGUGGCCAUAAAUGAAACCACCUCCGAGAUGGUGCUACUCAGAACCAUUCGUUGGAGAAUGCAGCUCUGUAUUAAAGUGGAUCCAAAGAAGCCUCUAGGUCAAAGAGCCAGGCUUGUGGAACCACUGAUUCAGGAGCAGCCUCAGGUCCUUCUUAAGAAUGAACCCAUACCGUCAAAUGCCUUGGUUAAGCCUAAUGCCAAUGAUGCCCAGGUUCUAAUGUGGCGGCCAAGAAAUAGGGAGCCCAUUUUAGUCAUCCCCCCAAAAUAUUGAGGGAAUUCCCUUCCAGCUUGAUCUUAAAAUGUUUUGCAUUUGAUACUUAUUUAAAUUAAGUAUGGCAUGGAGUGAGAGAGAAUACUAUUAACAGGGAAGAGAAUUUGCCUUGGGUUCCCUCUGUAUUUUCCUAUUGGUUUUUAUAAUGGGGUUUAUCAACUUAUGAGUAAAAUAAGUCUGUGGUAAACAUUACUUGACGAUUCAUGGACGUUUUGUUCUACAACAUAAAUUACACAUUUUCAUACCUCAAUUUUGAAUUUUGAAGCCGUAUUGAAUUGAAUCCUUUUUUUUUUUUAAAUCACACAGCAGCUUCAGAAUUCACCUUUGAGGUAUGAAAGUGAAUUUUGUUGUAGAACAAAACAUUCAUGAAUCACCAAGUAAUGUUUACCACAGACCUUAUUUUCCUAAUAAGUCAAAAAACACCAUUAUAAAAACCCAUAGGGAAACCUUGAGGGAACCCAUGGUGAAUUAGACUUCCGGGUUUGCCUACAAAUUGAUGUCAUGUCUGAACGGCUCUAUUGAUUUAAAGUUUAAGUGAUACAAAUUUAUUAUUUGUGUAUUUAUUAAUGUUUAGUAGGCAAUGUUGAAAGGACACAUUUAACACAUUGUGUAUUGUUUUGUUUUUAGAUAGAGAACCUUGAGGACAUUUAAUAUUUUAAUAUUAACAAAACUGUGAGUGGCCUUUACAUACCUGGCUCUGAAUUCAAAUGUUGCCUUUUGCUUUUAAAACAGCACAUGUUCUGUGGAAGCCGAAUUGAAAUAAUUUGUUCACACAGUAUGAGCCCAUUAUUUAGAUGUGUAAUGAAGAUACACUUAUUUCUAGUCAGGUGUGGCCUAAGUUUUAAACAGCAUCUAUGGCCACGUACACUGCAGCAAAAUUCGGUUGUCAGUUCAACUUUUAGUGCUUAAUCCUGUUCUGUACACAGUUCAGUAAAAUAUGAAGUGACAACUGCAUUCUACAACCAAAUAGUGGUGGUGAUUUUGAUUCAUCUCAGUGACUCAAGUCUUUUGAUUCCAUUCACCAAAAAGAUUC